AUGAUUCAAACAACGUUUUUUGAUAUCCCGUCCACUGAUACGACCAUCUAUCCCCCUCCGGUACCAAUCUCCAACGACGUCACAUAUGAAGCAAGUUUCAAGAAAAGGAAACGAUCAAGUGAAGGUGGUGGGGGUGAUGAGCAUGCCAGAGUCUCGAACGACUCGACAGGCGCAAGAUUCCCUCAGUUGGUUCAUUCAAAUUCGCAUAUUCAGAAUGUGCAUGAAAUCAUCAAGAGGCAGUGUGAAGACUUGGUCACUCUGACUGUGCGUUUUCUGAUACGUGGCUCCUUCGGCAAGGUUUACGUGUCGUCGUUCCAGGAUCAGGUGAAGCUAUGGGUAACUUUGGCAAUUCCAAAAAUAGAAGAUGGCGACAAUUUUGGUGUUCAGGUGCAAGAAGAGGUCCUUGGAGAGUUACAGCGAGCUCAAGAAUCAGCAUUUAACCUGAGGGACACAGCUCGUCAGGAUUAUCUUGCUCGUGCCAAAAUAUGUUCUAAGCUGAUAAAAUAUCCCAACGUCGAAGACUACUCGCUUGCUCUGAAGGAACAUGAUGACAAACAGCAGUAUCUUGCGAACCAACAUUUGCGGGAUAUUCGCAACAUGUACGCGACAUUGACUGACGUUCUCCACAAGAAUAUUUCCAAGGUGGAUGUUCCACUGUUCGUCUAUGUUCUUGCAAUCAUACUUAGUCUCUGGCUCAAAAGAUCCGUGCACCAAAAGCAAACAAUACCGCAGGACUGUACUAGCUUCGAGUCGGACUGUCUAUGA